AUUACGUCUCCCUCCUACCUCAUCCCCUCUCUGUCUUCACUCCACCAUCGCUUUGCACACUUUUCUUCGUCCUCUCGUUUUUCUUGACCUGCUCUAAUUUGACCGGCUUGCCCUCGUUGCCAGGUCACCGAUCCCCGUUGCCCGGCAAAACACCACGCUCGUUCUCCCACCCCUUCCUUGAGCACACCACUGGGAACUGCCCCGACCUCCACACCACCAUCAAUCGCGAACAACGCGUUCUUCGCAGCUGAGCGGGCCACGUGCCUCUGCAGCUCGCAAACAUGAGCUUCGUCAACAACCGCAUGUCGACCUUCUCCAACCUGUCCCAAGCUCCACGUCCUUCCAACGCGACCUCGACUCAGGUCUCCACCACCACACUUCUCAAUGCCCUCCACACGAACUAUACAUCCGGCCAGCCAUACUACCUUGAGGCCAGCACGAGCCUAGUCGUGAAUACAUGGGUCAAUGCCAGCAACGUUGGGGCAGAUGGCCGCAUUGGUGGCACAGUCGACAUGGAACUAGGCCGGAAAGCCUGGGAGCAUGCCCGACGUAGAGCAGAGGACGGGUGUAUUGUGCUAGGCUCCCUUCACGAGGCUACACCCUCUGCCUUCGCCCCUUUCAUCUCUGCGCUUCCACUGUCUAUACCCGCAAGCUUCUACACCUCCCUGGACAUUCUCAAGGCUUUCACGCACUGCGUCACCCCGCAGAAUCCCUCCUACCCGCGUCAUACAGCUCUUGGUGCCACUUUCACCAUUUCCUCUAUGGGAACUGUCACUGGCACGUUAGCUGGAGCAACCAUCCAACUUUCAACCGCCGGGGUUGACACUACGCAAGGUCUACUCAAUAUCCCUUCACAGCCAGGUUUCCGUGCCUUUGACGUUUUCUACUACCUCAAGUCGAGCUCCGCUACACGAGAGGAAAGGGAGUGGCUCGAUCUGAAACCGUACUCCCAAUAUACCCUUCUCAACAGGUCCGGAACUUAUUCUCCACCCUCUUAUCUGCCAACUGCAGACGAUGCUGCGGCCGCCGAGGACUUCCGGGAUAAUUUGAAGGCCAUCGGCAUCGUGGGCUCAGAGCUUUCAAACUUGAUCUCCCUUCUGACAGGUCUGCUCAAACUGGGUAAUGCUCUCGGGAUACUCGUCGAUGAGGAGGUGCUACAAGACGUUUGCGAGGAUGCUGGAGCUCUUAUGGACAUUAACCCCGAGUUUCUCAUGAAGAAAUUGUCUUCUCAAGACCGUGAGAUGGCUCUCUCUGGCAUCUACGAAGCUGUCGUAGACUGGGUUCUCUCCCGUGCCAAUGCUACCAUCCGGAAAGACAUCAUCGAAGCGCGAGUCGCGUAUACCUCGGGCAGUGAUUCUGGCGAGCCUGGCAUGAUGACUCCACCUUCCGAGGAAGAUGGGGACAUUGUCAACAUAACGGUUGUUGAAAUUCCCAGCAAGAAUCUAGGCAAGGCUAUUGCUCUGAAGACCGUCUUUGAUGACUCUGAAGGCAUCAACGCCGAGAUGAAGGAAGAUGGGGUGACCGUAGUGCCUGCGGGGUCUUCCGUCAUCGAGGCUAUGAAAGAGGCCGUGAAAGCCUGUGAACCCGAACUUGGGAUCUUGUCCAGUCCCGCUGGGCGCCAGAGAGAGCAUGAACGCGAGCGACGUGAGGUCACCCUUGAGAAGAUCGCCUACGACAUUCCGGAAGACGACAACUUCAUGAAAUCCAUCAUCAUGCCUGUGCGAGGUGAAGGUGUCCAACUCGGCAAGUUCAACCGCUUUGAACUGCAGUCAACAAUUGCGAGUAGUCGGGUUUGGUACCAACUGGCACUCCACCCGACCGAUGACUCUCCUGCUUCACUCUCAGCUUCCGCUUCUGGGUCCUGGUCUGCCGCUGUCGUAUCCCGUCAGCUUCGUGACUGGAGACUUCCAGAGUGGGCCAACCGCCGCAAUCGUCAUCUUGACUUCACUGCUGACUUUGAUGUUGAGGAGUUUCAUAUCCGAUACAAGGACCUGGGAUGCCUCGACGGCAAGGACGGAAUUCGAAACUGGAUUCUGGAACGCGGAUGGAGCAACGGUGAAGUAGUUAUAGGCGACAGCCGCAUCUGGAUUAGAGAGGCUGCGUGGUGGGAAGCCGAGACACAGUUCGAUUUGAAAAUUCAAGAGCUUGCAUCCUCGAACGGUAUUCUUGGAAACAUGGUUGGUGCUGGUGGUCUUGAAAGCGGUUAUUCGGGACAGAGCCCCGGGAUGGGCAGCGGCUUUUUCGGCCCAGAAUUUGCGGAAGGCACCCCCCAAGGCAGUCGGGACAACCUCUUACAACGUCAACAGAGCACAGCAACUUUCGGAGCUCGUAGUGCCCUGGGAGCCCGUUCUGUCGCGCCAACUGCAGCACCAACUUACCAUAGCACCCGGCCUGGAGAUUACGGCUUAGGCGGAAAGGGCGACGAACGAAAAGGUAUUUCCUACGGCGACGAUGAGCUUGGCGAAGGCAAGACUAUUCAAGAGUACAAGAUUACCACCAGUAGGCGAAUCUGGAUCUUCUUCGUCUGGGUUCUGGCUGGGUGGAUUCCGUCUCCCCUCCUACGCUACGUCGGCCGCAUGAAGAGACCGGAUGUUCGUAUGGCGUGGCGGGAGAAGAUAGUCUUGAUCAUGAUCAUCGUUCUCAUGAACGCCACUAUCAUCUUUUACAUUGUUGCAUUCGGCCACCUGCUAUGCCCCAGGUGGAACAAGGCUUGGGACAACAAGGAAGUUUCCUACCAUCAGGGCGACAAUGAUUAUUGGGUCAGCCACCACGGUUACGUCUACGACCUUUCAAAGUUCUGGAAACGACAGCACAGUGACACCAGUAUCGAGACUACCCAGGAUCAAAUGCAACCGUUCGCUGGCACAAACGUCGACGAAUACAUUGUACCCCUGCUCUUUACCGCCUGUCCUAAUCUUGUCAAGAACAAGCUCCUAGUCUUAUUCCCAAAUACUACCAUCACCAACUCGAAUGCUCAGCAUAUCUCCGGUUCACUGUCACCAGAUCGGACAAGCGCACUAUACAAAGAUGAUUGGUACCCUAACGUCUUCAUUCCUAAAAUGAAUGAGUUCAAGAAGGGCGACCUGGUCUGGGACUCCAACAAGAUUAAGAAUGAGGGGCAGAACGACAAUCACAUGUGGUUCACAAUGGGUGACAAGGUCUACGAUCUGACCGAUUACUACCACACUCUCAGUUUGAUGGACAAUCUUGACUCGUACCGGUUCCUAGAUCAUAAACUAGAGGCGAUUGUUUCGGACUAUGCGGGUACCGACAUUACGAGCCAAUUUCAGAAUCAGCUCAACGAAACCGCUCAGAUGGCCAACCAGCAAUGCCUUGACAACUACUUCUAUGUCGGCAAAACCGACUUCCGCAAGUCCGCCAGGUGUCAAGUCAAUAAUUGGAUUCUUCUAGCGUUCACUAUUAUCCUCUGCCUCGUCAUCCUUGUCAAGUUCUUGUCUGCUCUACAGCUCGGUUCAAGGAAAAGGCCAGCCACUCAAGAUAAAUUCGUCAUCUGUCAAGUACCAGCAUACACGGAAGGCGAGGAUCACUUAAGGAAGGGCUUGGACUCUCUGACUGCGCUCAACUACGACAAUAAACGAAAGCUCAUCUGCGUCAUCUGUGAUGGUAUGAUCGUCGGCGGUGGGAACGACAGGCCGACGCCGAAAAUCGUCCUUGAUAUUCUUGGUGUCGAUCCCAAGGUUGAUCCUCCUGCUCUGCCGUUCCACUCGGUCGGUAUGGGCAGCGAACAACUCAACUAUGGAAAAGUGUAUUCUGGUCUCUACGAGUUCGAAGGCAACGUCGUGCCGUAUAUUGUCGUGGUCAAAGUAGGCAAGGAAUCCGAACAACGCAAAGCAAAGCCUGGCAACCGCGGUAAACGAGACUCUCAAAUCUUGCUCAUGAGCUUCCUCAACCGCGUCCAUCAUCGGGCUCCCAUGAGUCCAUUAGAACUGGAAAUGUUUCACCAAAUCAACAACAUCAUCGGUGUAGAUCCAGAGCUUUAUGAGUAUCUUCUGAUGGUCGACGCCGAUACUAUGGUAAAAGAGGAUGCGCUGAACCGCCUGGUCGCAAGUUGCGCGAAUGACUCGAAGAUCGCUGGUAUCUGUGGUGAAACUAGUCUAGAGAACGAGGAAGGAAGUUGGUGGACUAUGAUUCAGGUUUACGAAUACUACAUUUCCCAUCAUUUGGCUAAGGCCUUUGAAAGCUUGUUCGGCAGUGUUACCUGUUUGCCUGGAUGUUUCUGCAUGUAUCGUCUUCGUACCGCAGACAAGGGCAAACCACUCAUCAUUUCUGACGCCGUUAUCCGCGAGUACGCCGACUGCCAGGUUGACACACUACACAAGAAGAACCUACUCUCUCUCGGUGAAGAUCGGUACUUGACCACAUUGAUGACAAAACACUUCCCCUCGAUGUCGUACAAGUUCGUCCCAGAUGCGUACGCCCUCACAGCCGCCCCUGAGACAUGGAGCAUCCUUCUUUCCCAAAGGCGUCGUUGGAUCAAUUCCACAAUCCACAACUUGGCCGAACUGGUUUUUAUCAAGGACAUGUGUGGAUUCUGCUGCUUCAGUAUGCGAUUCGUCGUUUUCAUCGACCUUUUUGGAACAAUCAUUCUCCCUGCUACCUGCAUUUACCUCGCCUAUCUCAUUUACUUGGUCGCAUCUCAUACUGGCCAAUUCCCAAUGAUUUCGAUCAUCAUGAUUGCGGCUGUGUACGGAUUACAGGCCAUCAUCUUCAUCAUCAAGCGACAGUGGCAACACAUCGGCUGGAUGAUUAUUUACAUCAUGGCAUUCCCGAUCUACUCUUUCGUCCUGCCAGUCUACUCGUUCUGGAAACAAGACGACUUCUCGUGGGGAAAUACCCGUGUCGUUCUCGAAGAGAAAGGCGACAAGCAAUUGGUCGCUGUCGAGGAGGAAGGUUAUGACUCCAGAAGUGUUCCCCUACAGUCGUGGGAUGACUAUGCGGCUCAGAAUUCUCUUCCUGGUCGUCGUGGAGUUAUUGCUGCGCAUUCCGAGAAGGGCAUGCACAGCACCUACGACGAUGACGGUUACGAAAUGAACGACAUGCAGUCCGUCUACUCAUCCGUUAAGCCCCAGUCGACCAUCAUGUCCAACAUGCACCACAUCUCGCACAUGCCACCACAGUCUCCGGGUCCCUAUGUCGGCAUGCAGCAACGGGCAUCUCACUACUCCAACUUCUCUCGGUACACAGAUAACCCGCAACAACAACAGCAACCAGGAGCCGACGGGCGUUUGAUGUCCAUGGGCGGCAUGAGCGACCACUACCAGGCCUCGCCGUACGGCCAGCGACCAAGCAUGGGCUUCCAGAGCUCUGACAACCUCAUGGCCAUGCAAUCGACGCCGCCAAUCGGCCGUUCUCGCAGUCCACUUGGAUUCGGCGGCUCUCGACCUGGCAGCACUGCCAAUUUCCAAAACAUGAUAAAUGGGCCAUCGGACGGUCAAAUUGUGGAAGCUAUCCAGGCGUGUCUGAUGGAGGUCGACAUGGAUAAUGUUACCAAGAAGCAGUUGAAGGCGCUCACGGAGCAGCGGUUGCAGACUCAAUUGAGCGGAGAGAGGCGGACCUUUUUGGAUCAGGCGAUUGAUCACGAGCUUGCGAACAUGUAAAGCAUCAAGUCACGGAUUAGUAAGCGUUGAGUGAGGUCAGUUCAGGUGAAUAGGCAUUGCAUCUAUGGUGUUCUUUGUAUGUUUUCUCUUUUACUUCGGAGUUUUACCGGAUCUCAGGGCUGGAAGGUGAAGUGGUUUCUACAUCUGGCACUCGAGCCUGGUCUUCAAAAUGGAGUCUUUCUCUACAACUGCAUAUUGGUUCGUGGUAAUAAUAGGAACGAAGCUCAAGGAGGAUCUAGCUUAAAUAUGAGGAUCUUUCACACUUUAUGGCUGUUCUUAGGCUUGGUGAUUUUGCUGCUCUUGUUUACCAAUUCUACUGGUGCACAUUGCCUUGGGAAUAGGCCGUUUCGUUAUGUAUGACCUCUGGUCCUGGGCCCCGUGUUAGACCACACGGUUCUCACAUAGUGUACUCGGAGUACCCGAUCCAAUACCAAUGGUUGCCCCCUCAAAAGACCAG